UAUCCCCCGGUCCCCAUUGGCCCUUCUUCCACGUUAUCCCCUCCCGGGUCUCUUAUUAGUGCAGGCCACACCCUCUCAUUUGUCACCAGACCCCGCCUUCAGUAGUCAAGGACUCCUCCCCGCAUCCAUCCGUUCAUUCAUCUGCAUCUAGUGCUGGGUGCUUGAGACAUGGGGCCAAAUGAGACCCGUCACUGCCCUCGGGGAGUUCAAGGGAUGGUGGGGGGACACAGACCAAGGCUCCGACAGUGACAGCCUAGGGCGGUAGAGAAGCCGCCUAGGCACUGGGGAACCUCUAUAUGCUGGGAAGGCUUCCCAGAAGAGGUGAGGCCUGAACCGAGCGCUGAAGGAUGGUUAGGAGUUUGCUCCAGGAGGACAUUGCGGUGGAUUCCUGGCGGAAGGACCUGAGAUAUGAAAGAAACAGGCAUAUCCCGGUAAUUGCGAGGAGAGGUCGACAGUGAGUGGAAUUGGAGUGACCCAGCUGGAUGUGAUCCCCAGGACAGAAUGGUGCUGGCCUCAGGGGCCCAGGUGUAUGAGCAGGCACCUCCCAGCCCGCCUGCCAGUCCCCUGUCCCUGCACACCAGGCUGAAGCCCUCAGACGGAGAUGGGCCACUGCUGUACCCCUGGUCUCGGCCCCUGCCCUUGCCCCUGGCUCUGUCAGUCCCUUCAGCGCUGCAGCCCCGGCCUGAGGCACAGCAUCUCACAGAGCUGCGCCUGGGCCACCGCAGCCACAUGCGUCGCAGUGAGAGUACCUGCACCGUAAAUAGCGCUAGCCAGCGGUGGGGUGGCAUCCAGGGACGAGCCCCAACUGGACGGGGACGGGACCCAGGUGGGGGCACCCUGCGGUCUGCAGCUUCCCUGCCUCAUAUUGCUAAGACCCGAAGGGAUGCAGGCCGUGGUGCCAACAAGAGCCCCUGCAUGCUGGUGGCCCUGAGACCAACCAACAUGGACAGCGAGAGGGACAAGUUCUUCCAUUCCCAUUACACCUACAACCCGCAGUUUGAGUACCAGGAGCCCAUGCCUACGGCGGUGCUGGAGAAGUACUGUGAAGCCUCUGGUCAGUUCAUCCAUCAGGCGGUUGGCAUCAUUGAGGCUGUCCUGGAGAAGUUUGGCACCUACGAACACUUUGAGGCUGCCACCGGGGGCCAGCUGCUGACCAAGUGCCAGAUCUGGUCCAUUGUGCGCAAAUACAUGCAGAAGGAGGGCUGUGUGGGGGAGGUGGUGGUGCAGCUGAGUGAGGACCUGCUGUCCCAGGCCGUGAUGAUGGUGGAGAACAGCCGACCCACACUGGCCAUCAACCUGACGGGAGCCCGCCAGUAUUGGUUGGAGGGCAUGCUGCGGCAUGAGAUAGGCACUCACUACCUGCGAGGCGUGAACAACGCACAGCAGCCAUGGCACAGCGCAGAGGGCCGGGUGCAGUACGGGCUGCGGCCCGCCAACCCCACGGAGGAGGGCCUGGCCAGUCUGCACAGCGUGCUCUUCCGCAAGCAGCCUUUCCUGUGGCGCGCGGCGCUGCUCUACUACACCAUUCACCGCGCCGCACGCAUGUCCUUCCGCCAGCUCUUCCACGACCUGGCGCGCUACGUGCAGGACACCGACGUGCGCUGGGAGUACUGUGUGCGCGCCAAGCGGGGCCAGACUGACACCUCACAGCCAGGUUGCUUCAGCAAAGACCAGGUGUACCUGGACGGCAUCGUGCGCAUUCUGCGGCACCGCCAGACCAUCGAUUUCCCGCUACUGACCUCCCUGGGCAAGGUAUCCUAUGAGGAUGUGGACCACCUGCGGCCCCACGGGGUGCUGGACAAGACUCGGGUGCCCCACUUCAUGCAGGACCUGGUGCGCUACCGACAGCAGUUGGAGCACAUCAUGGCCACCAACCGGCUGGAUGAAGCAGAGCUGGGCCGCCUGCUGCCUGACUGAUGCUGGUUGAAGGCCACAGGAAGAGGUCCUGGACAGAAGGCUCCAUAUUGGCCCCCAGAACAUGACGCUGUCUGUUCUGUGC